AUGGACUGUUUUUCUGUGACUUUUACCAGAUCGGGAACGCAUUUGGUUCAGCAAAUGAUCCAGCUCAUCUUGAACAAGGGUCAAUCGACGAAGACAUUCGCCGAAUUCAACAAGCGGGCACCCUUCCUCGAGGUUCAAGGACUGCGGGAAGCAUCAGGUACUCCAAGGCUCCUACGGACGCACCUUCCGAUGAACAGAUUGCGGCUCAGCGACAAAGCCAAAUACGUCUACGUUGCCAGAAACCCCUGGGACUGCUGCGUGUCCAACUUCCAUCUGAUGCAGGACUUUCCGUUAUUCGAGUUUGCCGACGGAAAAUUCGACGAAUUCCUGGACACGUUUCUCGACGGACGGUUCGGCUUCGGUGACUACUUCGACCACAUCAUCUCAGGUUACGAUCACAAACACGAUGCUAAUGUGUUUUUCGUGACAUACGAGGAGAUUUGUAGGGAUAAAGUGGACGUUGUUCAUAGGUUGGCGCGCUUCUUGGGCGAGGAGUACGGCGAUAUGGUGCGGAGUGACAGCGCGCUUCUGAAACUUAUUCUUGAACGGAGCAGCGUUGAAUUUAUGAAAAAUCUGUUGCGAACCGACCCUAAAGAAAUGUCGCAGGUAUUUACGCGCGCCAAUGUCCCAAUUAUCUCAAGUGCAGAGGCGAGCCAAGAUACAAAGGAGGCCAAGUGCAGCUUUGUUCGGAAAGGUACAGUUGGGGGUUGGAAAUCGUUCUUUUCGCCUGAAAUUGUCGCAAAAAUGCAGCAUAAAAUUGACGAAAAGUUCAAAGGUACGGAUAUUAUGAUGCUUUGGAUGAACCAAGAACUUCCUGAUAAGCAUUAAGGUUUUCUUUGCCGUGCAAAUUGGUUGUUAAAAAAACAAAUUGAGCCAGGAACAAAUAUUCUGAGAUCAAGUAAAGUUUGUGCUUUAGUCAGACGCGUAAUAGUUUCAUUUUUAUGCUUUGUUUAAACAUUGAUACUGUAUAUGUACCGCUGAAAGCUUAUCCCAUACACGCAACAAUU